AACCUUUGUUUGAUGCCAUUUAGACAUAUAUUGAAACGUGGUUUUCUGCAUGAGUGUGUUUUUAUUUUUAUUUUUUGCUUACAAUGUUGUGAACAGAAAUAUUUUAUCAACACAUGUAUAAUUAAAAAGAUGUUCGAGUAUGAGUUUGAUUUAUUAAUAUCUAUAGACUUCAAACAGACGGGCUAUUUCAAUAAUAUGAAUUAUACCUUAAUAUUUAGAAACAACAGAGAAAACAAAAAUAAAAACGGAAUAUAAAAUCGACAAUGAAAUAAAUGAAAAUCGAGAUCGAGGUAACACAUCGGAAAACGUUUUAAAAUCAGAAUCGAAUCGAAAUAUCAGCAAGCGAAAAUUUACGAACCAAAAAACUGCCGAGAUAAACAAAAAUAAAUAAAUAAACAAAAAAACCACCACAAAAUCAGCCACAAAGUGAUUAUAUUGAGUGAUUUGUGAAAAUAAAACUGUUUCAAAAUUUACUCGCCCACACCAUUUGACGCCGCUAAGGCGUUAAAGCUCGAAGAAGACUUUACCAGCGGCUGCAUGACUAUGUCAAUGUAUCCGUCGCCGGAUAAAAUGAAAAUGGGUACACCCGGAUGCUUUCCAGGUCGAUACAGUCCGUCGUAUCGGGGUCCGGAUCAGAUGCGACGAUGUAUGGGAAAUCCAUCGAGCCGACUGUUAGAGGAUGCUUCUUCAAUUAUGUGCAAUUCUUGGUCGCCACGAAAUGGUGACAUAUUUUCCGGACUAAACGAUGGUAUUUUAAGUAGAGCGGAAGCAUUAGCGGAUAUCGGGAAACAUCAAAGUAGUCAUGCGCAUACACAAAUGUCAACACAGCUGAAACACGACGUAAUGUAUCACCACAGUAUGGGCGGUCCACCCCAACGACCUUUACAGAUGCAUCACACAAUGGAUGGGCUUGACAUGCUUGAUCCAGCUGGUUCGAUGACCACUUUAACACCAAUGUCAGAUACGCCAACGUCACAUCACCAAUUGCAUGGAUCCUAUCACGGAAUGAACCAUAUGAUGGGACAUCAUCACGGUGGACCAUUAGGCGGUCAUACGCCGGGUAGGCAUUAUGGUCAUCACGGGCAUCCGGGAGCACAUCAUCCGGCAAUGGCUGCUGCCGUCGCAGCUGCUGGCUUACAUCCGGACACCGACACCGACCCUAGGGAAUUAGAAGCGUUCGCUGAACGUUUCAAGCAGAGGCGAAUAAAAUUAGGUAGUGUAACGCAAGCGGACGUAGGCAAAGCAUUAGCCAAUUUAAAGUUGCCUGGUGUGGGCGCCUUAUCACAAAGUACCAUAUGUAGAUUUGAAAGCUUAACGUUGUCACACAACAAUAUGAUAGCUUUAAAACCGAUACUGCAAGCUUGGCUGGAGGAAGCCGAAGCGCAAGCAAAGAAUAAACGACGAGAUCCAGAUGCGCCGAGCGUUUUACCAGCUGGAGAGAAGAAAAGCCUUUUUUCAAGAAAAAGGACUUCCAUCGCAGCACCAGAAAAACGAUCCCUAGAAGCCUAUUUUGCCGUCCAGCCACGACCAUCCGGUGAGAAAAUAGCAGCAAUUGCCGAAAAAUUGGAUCUAAAGAAAAACGUUGUACGAGUGUGGUUCUGUAAUCAGCGUCAGAAACAGAAACGAAUGAAAUUCGCUGCCCAACACUGACAGACGAACGGUGCAGCUGCUCAAUUAAGCCUACUCGGUAGUGUGACUAGUUCAAUGAACGGAUCCGGAAAUUCUGCAGUUUCGUCCUUUGGGUACUAAAGCAAACACAAAAAAAAUUUACUGUCAUAAACGUAUAAAAAAAUAAUGGAAAAUAAUUUCUCUCCAGUUUCAAGUAAAAGAAAAAAUGAAAAAAAAAAUAAAAAAAAAUUAUAAAAAAAAUU